UCCACGCUUGCGCCUGCGCGUGUGGUUGAGGAUGGGCUGGCGGCGGGUCCGGGUCCGCUGCCUGGCGCUGCGGACGGCGGGCCAUGGUGGUUUGGAUUGAGCUGGGCCCGGCCGGGGCGCCGAGUCGGAGGGGGUGGCAGUGAGCGGCGGCAGAGGCUGCGGGGCUUGGUUUGGCUGACUGGGGAGUCGGCAGGCGGCAGGUAAGGGCGAAGCCUCGGCCCUUGCUCCCCAUCCUAGUCCCUUUUUCUGGGUAGGGCACUGCCCUGGGGCCUUGUCUUGAGUCCAGGUUCCUGCUCUCUCCUCGCCCCGCCCUGCGGGGCCGUGCCCUCCUCAGCCCGAGCGCACCUUCCAAGCAACCGUUACGCUCAGAGCAGGAGGGAAGGAGGUCAAGCGACCCAACUCGUCUGUUUCACAGAUAUGGAACCUCAGAUUCAGAGACAGGGUUUGACUUGUGCAAAAUGAUCAAGAUAGUUAAGAUAGAGCCCAAACUGGAACCCACGGUUUUUGACUUCCAGUCCAUCGCAGUUUCACCUCGCGGCUGUCAUUGAGAAAUAAAACCUUUUCCCGGUUUUUUUGUUUUGUUUUUGAGGAGUCUCGCUCUGUCGCCAGGCUGGAGUGCAGUGGAGCGAUCUCUGUUCACUGCCACCUCCGCCUCCCGGCAUCAAGCGAUUCUCCUGCCUCAGCCUCCCGCGCAGCUGGGACUACAGGCGCGCGCCACCACGCCCAGCUAAUUUUUGUAUUUUUAGUAGAGACGGGGUUUCACCAUGUUGGCCAGGAUGGUCUCGAUCUCUUGAUCCGCCCGCCUCGGCCUCCCAAAGUGCAGGGAGUACAGGCGUGAGCCACUGCGCCCGGCCUUUUCCCGGUUUUUUAAACUGCAGCUUCCAGUCCUGCGGUCCGAUCCUCUUCGCGGCCCCCCAUCCCCACUUCAGUAAGCUUUCUCAGGUUGAAAAAGCCGAACUCUGGUUGUGUGGGCCCGUCAUCAAAAGGAGUGUCCUUGCUGGUAUUUGUAGGACAGAUAAGACAUCUGGCCAGGCUUUCCACUUCUGCAUCCCUCCAGGUCAUUCAUUCAACAAAUAUUUAUUGAGUACUUCCAUGAGCCAGGUCUUUUGUGGGGAUGAGCCAGGGUGCAAGGAGAGUACAAUACUCCAGUUACCGAAUUGAAACCAUCCCUGCAGUGGAGCAGCCUCCUCCAGUUUCUGUUGGGUUUUGAGCUACCUGUUAAAUAAGUCAGUGGGAUUGUCAAGGACAAAGCCCUCCCUGGCUGCCUCAGGGCAAAAUCAGGAACCAUGCGAGGCCAGCGGAGCCUGCUGCUGGGCCCGGCCCGCCUCUGCCUCCGCCUCCUUCUGCUGCUGGGUUACAGGCGCCGCUGUCCACCUCUACUCCGGGGUCUAGUACAGCGCUGGCGCUACGGCAAGGUCUGCCUGCGCUCCCUGCUCUACAACUCCUUUGGGGGCAGUGACACCGCUGUCGAUGCUGCCUUUGAGCCUGUCUACUGGCUGGUAGACAAUGUGAUCCGCUGGUUUGGAGUGGUGUUCGUGGUCCUGGUGAUCGUGCUGACAGGCUCCAUUGUGGCUAUCGCCUACCUGUGUGUCCUGCCUCUCAUCCUCCAAACCUACUCAGUGCCACGACUCUGCUGGCAUUUCUUCUAUAGCCACUGGAAUCUGAUCCUGAUUGUCUUCCACUACUACCAGGCCAUCACCACUCCGCCUGGGUACCCACCCCAGGGCAGGAAUGAUAUCGCCACCGUCUCCAUCUGUAAGAAGUGCAUUUACCCCAAGCCAGCCCGAACACACCACUGCAGCAUCUGCAACAGGUGUGUGCUGAAGAUGGAUCACCACUGCCCCUGGCUAAACAAUUGUGUGGGCCACUAUAACCAUCGGUACUUCUUCUCUUUCUGCUUUUUCAUGACUCUGGGCUGUGUCUACUGCAGCUAUGGAAGUUGGGACCUUUUCCGGGAGGCUUACGCUGCCAUUGAGAAAAUGAAACAGCUCGACAAGAACAAACUACAGGCGGUUGCCAACCAGACUUAUCACCAGACCCCACCACCCACCUUCUCCUUUCGAGAAAGGAUGACUCACAAGAGUCUUGUCUACCUCUGGUUCCUGUGCAGUUCUGUGGCACUUGCCCUGGGUGCCCUAACUGUAUGGCAUGCUGUUCUCAUCAGUCGAGGUGAGACUAGCAUCGAAAGGCACAUCAACAAGAAGGAGAGACGUCGGCUACAGGCCAAGGGCAGAGUAUUUAGGAAUCCUUACAACUACGGCUGCUUGGACAACUGGAAGGUAUUCCUGGGUGUGGACACAGGAAGGCAUUGGCUUACUCGGGUGCUCUUACCUUCUAGUCACCUGCCCCAUGGGAAUGGAAUGAGCUGGGAGCCCCCUCCCUGGGUGACUGCUCACUCAGCCUCUGUGAUGGCAGUGUGAGCUGGACUGUGUCAGCCACAACUCGAGCACUCAUGCUGCUCCCUAUGUUAUUUCAAGGGCCUCCAAGGGCAGCUUUUCUUGGAAUCCUUGAUCAAAAAGAGCCAGUGGGCCUGCCUUAGGGUACCAUGCAGGACAAUUCAAGGACCAGCCUUUUCACCACUGCAGAAGAAGGACACAAUGUGGAGAAAUCUUAGGACUGACAUCCCUUUACUCAGGCAAACAGAAGUUCCAACCCCAGACUAGGGGUCAGGCAGCUAGCUACCUACCUUGCCCAGUGCUGACCUGGACCUCCUCCAGGAUAUAGCACUGGAGUUGGCCACCACCUCUUCUACUUGCUGUCUGAAAAAACAACUGACUAGUACAGCUGAGAUCUUGGCUUCUCAACAGGGCAAAGAUACCACGCCUGCUGCUGAGGUCACUGCCACUUCUCACAUGCUGCUGAAGGGAGCAAAAAUAAAGGUAUUCGAUUUUUAAAGA